UUGGCAGAGAGGGGUGGAGGACACUGAAUGGAGGCCAGUGGAGGGAUUGGCAGAGAGGGGUGGAGGACACUGAGUGGAGGCCAGUGGAGGGAUUGGCAGAGAGGGGUGGAGGACACUGAGACACUGGAGGCCAGUGGAGGGAUUGGCAGAGAGGGGUGGAGGACACUGAUGGAGGCCAGUGGGGGGAUUGGCAGAGAGGAGUGGAGGACACUGAAUGGGGCCAGUGGAGGGAUUGGCAGAGAGGGGUGGAGGACACUGAGGUGGAGGCCAGUGGAGGGAUUGGCAGAGAGGAGUGGAGGACACUGAAUGGAGGCCAGUGGAGGGAUUGGCAGAGAGGGGUGGAGGACACUGAAUGGAGGCCAUGGAGGGAUUGGCAGAGAGGGGUGGAGGACACUGAGUGGAGGCCAGUGGAGGGAUUGGCAGAGAGGGGUGGAGGAGACUGAAUGGAGGCCAGUGGAGGGAUUGGCAGAGAGGGGUGGAGGACACUGAAUGGAGGCCAGUGGAGGGAUUGGCAGAGAGGGGUGGAGGACACCGAGUGGAGGCCAGUGGAGGGAUUGACAGAGAGGGGUGGAGGACACUGAGUGGAGGCCAGUGG